AUGGAAAAACGAAAAAGGAAGAAGAGUUGGAGUCAGAUCUCGGGAACAGAUAGUGAUAAGGAGCAGAGCUCUACAAGAAUAAGGAAGGAAGAUAUAAGAUGUGCCAGAUAUGGAGGAAAUCAUGAGUACGGUAAAUGUGAACAAGAUGUGAAGCCAAAGUGUGGUAAUUGUGGUGGGGAGCUCAGUGCAUGCUAUGAGGGCUGCCAGUACAGGAAAGAAGCUGUUCAGAGUGUGAGAGCGUCAGAAGGUCUGACUUAUGCAGAGGCUCUCAAGAAGUUUCAGAUGUCAAAACCUAAGAGCGUGAGUGUUAUCAAGGGGCAGGAGGAGGUGCACAUACACGCUCCCACUGUGAUUUCAAAUGCUGGAAUCUUUAACACUUACCAGCAGCUCCUACCAAAAGAUGUGCAGGCCAUGCCAGCAAUCCAGAAACAGCUGAGUAUGGUGCAGAACGGAGAUAAUUACUGGAUCUUUCUUGAAAACAACUUUGAUGACCUGGUGGAGGGGUACAUGAAGGGGAACAGGGAAGAAUCUGCAAAGAAUAUCCCUUUGUUUUUUGUGGCCUCACCCUCUGCCAAAGACCCAACCUGGCAGGAGAGAAAACCAGGUAAAUCCACCAUAACUGUUGUUAGCUUUGCAAACUAUGCAUGGUUUGAAGAAUGGAGAGAUGACAAAGUGAAGAAUAGAAGUGCAGAUUAUAAGGAACUGAAGGAGACAUUCAUUAAUAGUGUUGUAGAGGCGGUGACUCAGAUCUUCCCUAAGAUCCAGGACAGGAUAGAAUCUGUGGAUGCAGGCACCCCAAUCACAAAUCAGCACUACAUUGGCGCACCUAAAGGGGAGAUCUGCGGUGCUGAUCAUGGACUUCCUCGCUUUAGCAUGGAACUAAACUCCACCAUCCGACCUCAGACACCCAUUAAGAACCUCUUCCUCACAGGCCAGGAUGUAUUUUUGUGCGGUUUUGCUGGAGCAUUGGCAGGAGCGCUGACAUGCGGUUCGGUACUCCUGAAUCGCAAUCUUCCCCUGGAUGCCAUUGCCCUAGCCAAGAAAAUCAAAAAUGUAAAUAACAACAAGAAGAAACAAUAA